GAUAAUAAUGGGAAACAAACAAGAUUGAUAUUCGUUUUAGUUUUUUAAAAUAGAUGUUUUUAGAAAUAUAUUUUGCAAAAAUAUUUUUUAUGAUUUUUAUUAGCAAAGCACAUCCGUAUGGAGUACUACUAUUCGAUAACUAGUGUCAGUACCAAAGCAUUUUCACGGACCAGAUCUGAGCAUUAUUAUAAUUAAGCAAACCCAUUUACACUAUUUUCAACAAAGGAAAAAAAAUCUUUGGGGGUAUAUGAUUGUGUCAUUUCGAUAGAAAAAAAGACAGAACUAAUUGGAGUUUUAAAGACUAUCAUUCUCAUCUCUACAACAACCCAUCUGGCAUUUAAUGACUCUCUGCUAAAUCUCUCACAUUCAUAAAGUUGGGUCUACGAGAGUGACGACUCUUUGAUUGUUUCGCCACAUCUUCCUCACUUCCACUUAUAUCUUUUUAAUCCCUUCUUGAAGUCACCUCUCUUUCUUUAUCCACUAAUGAAUAUAUAAAAACCUUAUAUUACUCCUGACUUCUUGUAAGAGUUUGAACAGAUAGAUCUCUGUGUUCUGUUUUUUAUUUAUUUAUCCUAAGAAGAAUGAGAUCUCAAGGGGUGGAAGAUAACAAAGGGUGUCUCGGACCAGGGACGCCGGAGAUGAACGGACAUGGUAAUAUCGGUUUCGAGUUUCAGAAAGGUUCGAACCGGACACCAAACCACCACCGGUCCACCAUGGGGAAACCCGCACCUUCAAAAUGGGACGACGCUCAGAAAUGGCUCUCCGGAGUUGGUUUGUCUCGCGGCGGCGGCGGCGGAGGUGGAGAGAAGAACCACCACUCGAGGAGCUGUAAACCGAGAAACUCCAACGCUGAUGAUCUUCGACUCAUAGCUUCUGCUUCGCAGAGAGAACGCGAAGGAGAAGAUCAGUACGUUGAAUACGAGGACGGAGACGCGGCGGCGGGGAGGCCGGAGGUGGAGACGAAGAACGUAGACUGUGGAGAACCAGGUGGUUCGGUUUGGAGGAAAGAGAGUAUUAAUCCUACGGCUGCGAUUCGAUCGGUUUGCGUGAGGGACAUGGGGACUGAGAUGACUCCGAUCGGGAGCCAGGAGCCUUCUAGAACAGCUACUCCUGUGCGGGCCACAACGCCGGUCGGGAGAAGUCCUGUGACGUCACCGGUGAGAGCUUCUCGCCGCGGAGAGACGGUGAGGAUGGCGACGGAGGUGGCGACGGUGACGGAGACUAGAAGCGUGGCGAGUAAUAAUAAUGAAAACAUUGGAUUAGGAGAUAAUAGUAAUACUAAGGCGAUGAAUGCUAUGGAAGCUCGAGCCAUGGCUUGGGAUGAAGCAGAACGCGCUAAGUUCAUGGCUAGGUAUAAGAGAGAGGAAGUGAAGAUACAGGCUUGGGAGAAUCAUGAGAAGAGAAAGGCCGAGAUGGAGAUGAAAAAAAUGGAGGUGAAGGCGGAGAGGAUGAAAGCGAGAGCGGAGGAGAAGUUGGCGAACAAGCUGGCGGCGACAAAGAGGAUAGCGGAAGAGAGGAGAGCAAAUGCGGAGGCGAAGCUGAACGAGAUGUCGGUGAGGACAUCGGAGAGAGCUGAUUAUAUAAGGAGAAGCGGUCAUUUGCCUUCUUCAUUCUCUUUUAAGUUUCCUUCUUUCUCUCUAUGUUGGUAGCCAAUGUUUUGUGUUUACUUGUAUUAUUAUUGUAUUUAGAAUGUAAUCGUGUAUGGACUUAUUAGUGACGCAAUAACUAACGGAAAAAAUUAACGGCUGGGAUAGUCUGACCA